UGCUUUGGUGUCGAUUUUUGCCCUUUCCAUCUCGCAUGUGUCCAUGUUUUAGACGACUUGUCAUGCGGUGGCUUUCAUAUACCAGGUAACACUUCAUUGGAUGUAUGUAUCGAAUGAGCAUUGAGGGGCCGUUUUAUACCUUCAUCUUAUCUUUAUGCGCCCAUACUUGCAUUUCCAUGCUCUUAAUGUAUACUACUACUGCCGGUGCAGAAUGGCAGGCAACACCUGGUAAUUCGAGAACAGGAGGGUUGAUCUCCUCAAAUGCAUUGGUUGCGAUUUAUGUGUUGAAAAGUGAUAUGUUACAGUGAUUGAGAUGACCUGUUUAGAGACGGUUGUUUUCUUCCGGUCUCUCGUCUCUAGCUCCGUGUCGGAACAA